UUUUUAAAAACUAUGUGGUGUUGUUGAACCCAAAGCAUCAAAACAACAACAACCAAAAGCCAGGCAGCCGCUGCGGACUUGUCCCCGCCUGGAGUGGAUGAGCCUAUCCAUGAGAGAUCCGGUCAUUCCUGGGACAAGCAUGGCCUACCAUCCGUUCCUACCUCACCGGGCGCCGGACUUCGCCAUGAGCGCGGUGCUGGGUCACCAGCCGCCCUUCUUCCCCGCGCUGACGCUGCCUCCCAACGGCGCCGCGGCGCUCUCGCUGCCCGGCGCCCUGGCCAAGCCGAUCAUGGAUCAAUUGGUGGGGGCGGCCGAGACCGGCAUCCCUUUCUCGUCCCUGGGGCCCCAAGCGCAUCUGAGGCCUCUGAAGACCAUCGAGCCCGAAGAAGAGGUGGAGGACGAUCCGAAGGUGCACCUGGAGGCUAAAGAACUUUGGGAUCAGUUCCACAAGCGGGGCACCGAGAUGGUCAUUACCAAGUCCGGAAGGCGAAUGUUUCCUCCAUUUAAAGUGAGAUGUUCUGGGCUGGAUAAAAAGGCCAAAUAUAUUUUGUUGAUGGACAUUAUAGCUGCUGAUGACUGUCGAUAUAAAUUUCACAAUUCUCGGUGGAUGGUGGCGGGUAAGGCUGACCCUGAAAUGCCAAAGAGAAUGUACAUUCACCCCGACAGCCCGGCUACCGGGGAACAGUGGAUGUCCAAAGUUGUCACUUUCCACAAACUGAAACUCACCAACAACAUUUCGGACAAACACGGAUUUACUUUGGCCUUCCCAAGUGAUCACGCAACGUGGCAGGGGAAUUAUAGUUUUGGGACUCAGACCAUUCUGAACUCCAUGCACAAAUACCAGCCCCGGUUCCACAUUGUAAGAGCCAAUGACAUCUUGAAACUCCCUUAUAGUACAUUUCGGACAUACUUGUUCCCCGAAACUGAAUUCAUCGCUGUGACCGCAUACCAGAAUGAUAAGAUAACUCAGUUAAAAAUAGACAACAACCCCUUUGCAAAAGGUUUUCGGGACACUGGAAAUGGCAGGAGAGAAAAAAGAAAGCAGCUCACCCUGCAGUCCAUGCGGGUGUUCGAUGAGAGACACAAGAAGGAGAACGGGACCUCAGAUGAGUCCUCGAGCGAGCAGGCGGCCUUCAACUGCUUCACACAGGCCUCCUCGCCGGCAGUGUCCACUGUAGGGACAUCGAACCUCAAAGAUCUGUGUCCCAGCGAGGCUGAGAGUGACGCGGAGGCCGAGAGCAAGGAAGAGCACGGCCCGGAGGCCUGCGACGCGGCCAAGAUCACCACCACCACGUCGGAGGAGCCGUGCCGCGACAAGGGCAGCCCGGCGAUCAAGGCUCACCUCUUUGCGGCCGAGCCAGGCGGCCGAUCCCGGGACAGCGGGCGGCUGGACAAGGCGUCGCCGGACUCGCGCCAUAGCCCGGCCACCAUCUCGUCCAGCACCCGCGGUCUGGGCGCCGAGGAGCGCCGGAGCCCGGGGCGCGAGGGCGCGGCCACGGCCAAGGUCGAGGAGGCGCGCGCGCUGCCGGGCAAGGAGGCGUUCACGCCGCUCACGGUGCAGACAGACGCGGCCGCGCACCUGGCCCAGGGCCCCCUGCCCGGCCUCGGCUUCGCGCCGGGCCUGGCUGGCCAGCAGUUCUUCAACGGGCACCCACUGUUCCUGCACCCCGGCCAGUUCGCCAUGGGGGGCGCCUUCUCCAGCAUGGCCGCGGGCAUGGGGCCCCUGCUGGCCACGGUGUCCGGGGCCUCCACCGGCGUCUCGGGCCUGGAUUCCACCGCCAUGGCCUCUGCCGCCGCAGCGCAGGGACUGUCUGGGGCGUCCGCGGCCACCCUGCCCUUCCACCUCCAACAGCACGUCCUGGCCUCUCAGGGCCUGGCCAUGUCGCCUUUCGGAAGCCUGUUCCCCUACCCCUACACGUACAUGGCCGCGGCGGCGGCUGCCUCCUCGGCGGCGGCCUCCAGCUCGGUGCACCGCCACCCGUUCCUCAGUCUGAACAGCAUGCGCCCGCGGCUGCGCUACAGCCCCUACUCCAUCCCGGUGCCGGUCCCCGACAGCAGCAGCCUGCUGGCCACCGCGCUGCCGUCCAUGGCGCCGGCCGCGGGGCCCCUGGACGGCAAGGCCUCCGCCCUGGCCUCCAGCCCCGCCUCGGUGGCCGUGGACUCCGGCUCGGAACUGAACAGCCGCUCCUCCACGCUCUCUUCCAGCUCUGUGUCCUUGUCGCCCAAACUCUGCUCCGAGAAGGAGGCGGCCACCAGCGAACUGCAGAGUAUCCAGCGAUUGGUCAGCGGCUUGGAAGCCAAGCCCGACAGGUCCCGCAGCGCGUCCCCCUAGACCCCUCCCAGGAAAGUCUCUUCAUUCCAGUUCAGUCAAAUCUGCAGUGCACUUUGUUGGAUGUAAACGAAACCACGGGGCCGUGGGGUUACCCGCUUCCUUUUGCAGUCCUGUCUGGGAAGGGGCGCUGGACUCCCUGGAGAGAAUGUUCUAGAGACAGGCCCUGUCUUCUUGGCAUGGUUUAUAUAUCCCGGAUCUGGCUCAGAUUCUGGGGGCUCAGAAACCACUGUUGCAUUGAGCGAUCCGGGUGGGAGUGAAGCAUUUGUGUCCAGAGCGACUUCCAUCCAGAGUGGUCUGGAAGCUGUGGCCGAAGAAAGAGGUAGCUGAGCCCUCCAGGGGGGAGAGGUGUUGAAAGGCAUUUCCCUCCAUGUGGAUUUAUAUAUAUAUAUAUUUUUUCCUUCACCGUGUCAAGUGGAAACAAAUAAAAUUUUUUAAAAAAACCGGGGGCAAAUGAAUACAUUAACAUGAUUGUUUGUGAAGAUCGGAAACUUUAUAGGGACUUGCAUAUCCGUUCUCAAGAAAUUACUGAACAGCAUUGUGUGGGGAGGGAAGUCCCUGCCAUUCUUGUUUAACCUAUAUUAAGGAAAUCUGUGUCUUUUUAAUAUUCUUGUGAUGUUUUAAGAGCCGCUGUAGGUCUCUUCUUGCAUGUUCCACAGUAAUAUAUUUGUGGUUUUUAUUUUGGACGCUUGCUUUUAGAGAAAACAACAGAACCCCAUCCUCCUCAACCUGUGCUCUCCUGUCAGCAACCCCAAGGAAGUGGGAUGGGGGUACAAAAACUGAAUUUAUUUCAUCUGAGCUCUGUAGCCGGAUUCACGUCCCCUUUGGCAGUUCUCUUUCCUGUAUAUGCAAUAACAAGGUUUUAAAAAAAAUAAUAAAGAAGAAGCGAGACUAUUAGACAAAGUAUUUAUGUAAUUAUUUGAUAACUCAUGUAAAUAGGUGGAAUAUGAAUGCUUGGAAAAUUAAACUUUAAUUUAUUGACAUUGUA